GCCCGCUGGGCUGCCGUGGGAGGGCAGCCAGAGCAGGUGGAGGGCUGGCUGGUGGCAGGAGGUGGAGGCGGAGGGGCUGCCAUGGCUCCGCCUUUGGGGCCAGAGCACCAGUUCCCACCUGUCCCCUCCUCGUUGGCCCCUGGUGCCUGCCAGACGUUUGCCUUUGGCGGGGGCCCUGCCUGACCUGCCUCCCUGCCCGCCCCGUCCAGUUGGGAUUUGGGGGCUGAGCUGUGGGGCUGGGGAGGGGGGGCGUCUCAGAGCCAAUGCAGUGCCGGCUCCUCAGGGGCCUGGCGGGAGCCCUCCUCACCCUCCUGUGCAUGGGGCUCCUCUCCCUCCGGUACCAUCUGCGCCUGUCCCGGAAGAGCGUGGAGACCCCCGGGUUGAGCCCACCGAGCCCUCGGUUCCACGAGCUGCAGCUGCAGGACGUGUUCAUCGCUGUCAAGACGACCGGCGCCUUCCACCGCUCUCGCCUGGAGCUGCUGCUCGACACGUGGGUCUCCAGGACCAGGGAACAGACAUUUGUCUUCACUGACAGCUCGGAUGAAGGCCUCCAGGAGAGACUGGGGCCCCACCUCGUGGUCACCAACUGCUCUGCGGAGCACAGCCACCCAGCCCUGUCCUGCAAGAUGGCUGCUGAGUUCGAUGCCUUCUUGGCCAGCGGGCUGAGGUGGUUCUGCCACGUGGACGAUGACAACUACGUGAACGCGAGGGCGCUGCUGAAGCUGCUGAGGACCCUCCCGCAGGCCCUCGAUGUCUACAUAGGCCGGCCCAGCCUGAACCGGCCCAUCCACGCCUCGGAGCCGCAGCCGCGCAAUCGCUCGAGGCUGGUGCAGUUCUGGUUCGCCACCGGGGGCGCCGGCUUCUGCAUCAACCACAAACUGGCUUUGAAGAUGGCCCCGUGGGCCAGCGGCCGCCACUUCGUGGACACCUCCGCGCGCAUCCGGCUGCCCGACGACUGCACCGUGGGCUACAUAGUGGAGUGCAAGCUGGGGGGCCGCCUGCAGCCCAGCCCGCUCUUCCACUCCCACCUGGAGACCCUGCAGCUGCUGGGCGCCGCCCAGCUCCCGGAGCAGGUCACCCUCAGCUACGGCACUUUUGAGGGGAAGCUCAACGUGAUUAAGCUACAGGGCCCCUUCUCCCCCGAGGAGGACCCUUCCAGGUUCCGUUCUCUGCAUUGUCUCCUCUACCCGGACACUCCUUGGUGCCCGCAGCAGGCGGCCCGAUGAACCCUGCACUGCUGGGCCACUGUGCGGCUGAGCCUCUGGUUGUCCCUCGCUCUCAAGGCAGCCCAGGGGGCCCUUGGCAAGGGCCUGGGGCUGAGCGGUCCCUGGCAGGGCCUCCGAGUGGUGGGCAAGCCCUGGAGCAGUGAUGGUGGGGGUAGGGUCAUCGCAGACUCCUGGGAGGUGGGGGCCGGGGGCCAGGUGAAGGUCAAACAGGCCCCAGGGGCUGGGCUCCCACGGGCCCUGGGUCUCCACCAGCCCCAGCCUCUCAGUCGUCCCCCUAGGCUCAAGCACUGGGCCAUCCACCUCCUGAGUCCCGUGGCUGGGUCCCCAAGCACCGAGGGGACAUAGGCAGAACAGGGACCGAAGGCGGGGCCUGUGCAGGUACUGUCGUUACUGCCCGGUCUCCAGCUCCUUGCCCUGUACCCCUGGCCAGUGGAACCUGGCUCUGUUCGCUCCUCGCCCCCUUGCCCAGCUUCCCUCGCUGCUGGGAGCUACCACGCCUCGCCCCAGCUCUGCCUGGAGCCACAGCUGCCCGCCAGAGAGGAUUCUGGGGAAGUUCUGCAGCCCCAAUGCUCCGUCUUUCUGCUGUGAAUGUGGGUGUGACGUCUGGACCCAGGGCAGCCGCCUCGCUGCCGUGAAGGAAAGGCCAAGACCGUCACCCACACCUGUCUUGUCUAGCGUCUGGGCCUGGGAGGAAAUUAAACCCCUAUUUGUUCAAGCCUC